GAUACACGAGGAGAAUAAAUAUAUAGAAACGCACGAAACAACAAGUUUUGCGGUUCUACCUGCAAAUUUUCUUCCUCUCAAUCUAUAUUGCUCAGGUGGUGUUCCUGUUCCCCUAAGCACCCCUGAGAUUCAUUUGCAAAAAGCUCAAAAAGAAAAAAAAUAUCAAUUCCAAUCCUAAGCUUCGUUGUUAUUAUAAUUUCGUUUUUGUUUUCCGUUUUGAUCUUCCAAUGGCGUCCGAAGGCUUCACCGAUAAGAACCUUGUGUUUAGGAAACUCAAGGCGAAGUCCGAAAAUAAGAUGUGUUUCGAUUGCAAUGCGAAGAACCCUACCUGGGCUUCCGUCACGUAUGGGAUCUUCCUGUGCAUCGAUUGCUCCGCCGUUCAUCGUAGUCUCGGCGUGCACAUCAGCUUCGUGAGGUCUACAAAUUUAGACUCAUGGAGUCCCGAGCAACUAAAAAUGAUGAGCUUUGGAGGAAACAAUCGUGCUCAGGUUUUCUUUAAGCAGCAUGGUUGGACUGAUGGUGGUAAAAUAGAGGCUAAAUAUACAUCCAGAGCUGCAGACUUAUAUAGGCAAAUUCUUACAAAGGAAGUAGCUAAAAGUAUGGCUGAGGAUGGAGGCUUACCUUCAUCACCUGUUGCUUCUCAGUCUGCCCAGGGGGUUAAUGGGCUUCCUGAAGUUAGGACCAAUGAAGUGCCAAAAGAAAGCACUCUGGAGAAGCCUGAAAAGCCUGAAAGCACUUCUUCACCUAGAGCUUCACAUACAGUAGUUUCAAGUACCAUCAAGAAACCUAUUGGUGCUAAAAAACCUGGGAAGAGUGGGGGGCUUGGUGCUCGUAAACUUGUUAAAAAGCCAAGUGAGUCUCUCUAUGAGCAGAAGCCUGAGGAACCACCUGCUCCAGUUUCAUCCUCCACAAAUAAUAUGCCUGCUGGGCCGUCUCUCACAUCUCGGUUUGAGUAUGUAGAAAAUGUCCAAUCAUCUGAGUUGAACACUGGUGGUUCACAUUUGAUUAGUCAUGUGUCUCCACCAAAGUCGUCAAGCUUCUUUGCAGACUUUGGAAUGGAUGGUGGCUUUCCAAAGAAAUCUGGGUCAAGCUCCUCCAAAGUACAAAUUCAGGAAACUGAUGAAGCAAGAAGAAAGUUCUCAAAUGCCAAGUCUAUUUCUUCAUCCCAAUAUUUUGGAGAUCAGAACAAAGCUGCUGAUAUGGAUUCUCAAGCUACUUUGUCUAAGUUUUCGGGUUCAACUGCCAUUUCCAGUGCUGAUCUUUUUGGUGACUCAAGAGACAACUCCAUUGAUCUCACUGCUGGCGACCUCAUCAAUCGAUUAUCUUUCCAGGCACAACAGGAUCUCUCUUCCCUUAAGAACAUUGCAGGAGAGACUGGAAAGAAGCUCACCUCAUUGGCCUCCACAUUGAUGACGGAUCUUCAGGACCGAAUCCUCUAAAAUGUAUGCUCUGUAUUUAAGAGAAUCUUUGGGGUUUGUUACAGAUGCCAGCCAAAUGUGUUUCAAAUGUAAUAGAAGAGUUAAAUAUACAAUUCUUUGAGAAAAUAAGAUACUAUAUUUUCAGGCUUGUCAUAUAGACUGGGGUUUCUAUUUUGUAAAACAGGUACUGCAUAGAGGUUGCUAAUAUUUUAGAUUUUUCUAUUGUGUUAGUCGAUACCAGUUUGUCGUGAACUCUAAAGAGUGUUUUUGUCAUCUUUUAUCGGUGAAAUAGCUGUCUUGUUUACAUUUAUAAA